AUGGAGAACUCAGGUGCAAUAUCGCCAAUCGACCGACGCAUGGCGAGAGCACAAGAAACGGCCCUAGCCCGAUUCUACGGUCUCCCAAAAGUGCACAAAGAGGGCGCUCCUCUCCGGCCUAUCGUAUCACUAAAGGGCACUCCAACCUACGGACUGGCAAAGUGGCUGUUCCAACGUCUCAAGUUUCUGACCUCCGAUUCGAACACCACAGUCAGCUCGUCAACGCAAUUCUUGCAGAAACUUAAAGGAGUAAGUCUCCUGCCAAGCGAUAUCAUGGUUUCCUUUGAUGUCACGUCCGUUUUUACUUCUAUCCCGCAGGACCUGGCAGUCGAGACCAUCGAACUACUCCUACGAGAGAAAUACGCCGAAACGGAGAAUCGCCUCGGACACGCCCAAAUCGUCCAGCUCUCGAAGUUCUGUCUCAAGACGUACUUUGCGUUCGACGGAACAAUCUACGAGCAGGUGAAGGGAACGCCAAUGGGUUCGCCGAUUUCGGGACUCAUAGCCGAGGCGGUCCUACAACGGCUGGAGUCGCUGGUUUUCCGACACCACAGACCGAAAUUUUGGGCUCGGUAUGUGGAUGACACCUUCGUCGUCAUCGAACGGGAUCAGGUGCUGACGUUCAAAGAACAACUCAACGCCGUCUUCCCGGACAUCCAAUUUACGAUGGAGGAGGAGGAAAACAAUCAGCUGGCCUUCCUGGAUGUCCUCGUCUGCCGCAAAGAUUGUGGUGGCCUAAAAACAAAAGUGUUCAGGAAAGCGACAAAUACGACGCAAAUACUGAACUUCAAUAGCAACCACCCGAUCAGUCACAAACGCAGUUGCGUAAGGGCGCUAUACCGGCGCGUUGAGACGCACUGCAGUGAAAUGGAAGACAAGGUUGCUGAACUACAAUAUCUUCGACGGGUAAUGAGAGCCAAUGGUUACCCGCGCAGCUUUGUCAACCAGUGCAUACGAAAAGGACACCAGAGACCAAAUCCAACCGGACUCAAAUUUUGGCGGGCUCUUCCGUACGUGAAGAACGUCUCGGAAGCCGUCGGUAGUCUUCUCACUCCACUUGGAGUUGGGGUUACACACAGGCCGGAAGCAACCAUUAGGCGCCAAAUCAUGAGGCCAAAGGACCCGCUACCACGGCAGGACACGUCUGGAGUCAUUUAA